CUCAGCGUGCAUCCUUCUUUGUGCUCGGGUUAGGAGGAGCUAGGCUGCCAUCGGACCGGUGCAGAUACGGGGUUGCUCUUUUGCUCAUAAGAGGGGCUUCGCUGGCAGUCUGAACGGCAAUCUUGAGUCAGGACCCUUAAUUAAGAUCCUCAAUUGGCUGGAGGGCAGAUCUCGCGAGUAGGGUACAAGGCACUAUGAAAUGAUCUAGCAACGCGGUAAAAAUACUGCUUUUGUGGGCGACGCGGUACAGGUGCCGAAGUGCGUUCGUUACGGGAAUGCCGAAGCGUGGGAAAAAGGGAGCGGUGGCAGAAGACGGGGAUGAGCUCAAGACAGAGCCAGAGCCCAAGAAGAGUAAGACGGCCGCAAAGAAAAAUGACAAGGAGGCAGCAGGAGAGGGCCCAGCCCUGUAUGAGGACCCCCCCGAUCAGAAAACCUCACCCAGUGGCAAACCUGCCACACUCAAGAUCUGCUCUUGGAACGUGGAUGGGCUUCGAGCCUGGAUUAAGAAGAAAGGAUUAGAUUGGGUAAAGGAAGAAGCCCCAGAUAUACUGUGCCUUCAAGAGACCAAAUGUUCAGAGAACAAACUACCAGCUGAACUUCAGGAGCUGCCUGGACUCUCUCAUCACUACUGGUCCGCUCCUUCGGACAAGGAAGGAUACAGUGGCGUGGGCCUACUUUCCCGCCAUUGCCCACUCAAAGUUUCUUAUGGCAUAGGCGAGGAGGAGCAUGAUCAGGAAGGCCGGGUGAUUGUGGCUGAAUUUGACUCGUUUGUGCUGGUAACAGCGUAUGUACCUAAUGCAGGCCGGGGUCUGGUACGACUGGAGUACCGGCAGCGCUGGGAUGAAGCCUUUCGCAAGUUCCUGAAGGGCUUGGCUUCCCGAAAGCCCCUUGUGCUGUGUGGAGACCUCAAUGUGGCACAUGAAGAAAUUGACCUUCGCAACCCCAAGGGAAACAAAAAGAAUGCUGGCUUCACGCCACAAGAGCGCCAAGGCUUUGGGGAAUUACUGCAGGCUGUGCCACUGGCUGACAGCUUUAGGCACCUCUACCCCAACACACCCUAUGCCUACACCUUUUGGACUUACAUGAUGAAUGCUCGAUCCAAGAAUGUUGGUUGGCGCCUUGAUUACUUUUUGUUGUCCCACUCUCUGUUACCUGCAUUGUGUGAUAGCAAGAUCCGUUCCAAGGCCCUCGGCAGUGAUCACUGUCCUAUCACCCUAUACCUAGCACUGUGACACCACCCCUAAAUCACUUUGAGCCUGGGAAAUAAGCCCCCUCAACUGCUAUUCCUUCUUUAAACGCUCUUCAGAAAAAUCUGCAUUGUAUUUCUCAUCUAUAAAAAUAAGAAUCCUCCAACCAGGCUCCUGUGACAGACUUAAGAGUUCUUUUAAGCCCAAGAGUUUUUAUUUGAGGGUUUUUCCUUUUUUAAGAAAAAUUGAACAAAGACUACUAAUGACAUUGUUUGAAUUUAUCCACACGAAAAUAAAGAGCCAUAGUUUCAGC